AUGUCUACUCAAAGUAAAGGUUUAUUAGAGCAAAAGGACACAGAUUAUAAUCAGCAACAGGCAAACCUAUACCAUCACACUUCAGGAGAGACCAGGCAUGAAGCCACCAGCUGUCCCCUACCAGGGGAAUUGUGUGAAUGGUGCUUAUUUCUCCCAGCAACCAUGUGUGACGACAUAAAUGGAAUACUGCCAACCACGAAAGCUCACCAAGCCUUGGUGUCCAGGGUUUUUAUUGGAAGUCAGCGAUUAUACAGUGAUUUUGUAGAAGUUUACUUCGUGCGUAGCCUGGAGGGCAGCCUGCCUGCUCUGAAGGGUUUUGCUGAGGCCGAGUGUGAACUCUGGGCGCGAGAGCGCAUCUCUGCUCUUAGAUCACACCCACUCGGGUGUGCGUGUGAGGGCCGCAGUGGCUCGCUCGCACUCCGGCUGCACCUCCCGGUGCGCGCCGCGGCGGCGCCACAGGCCCCUGGACCCUUGGACCAGCGCCCUCCGGCCGCCUGUCCCGCGCGGCCCGCAGCCGGGACCGGCGAUGGGGCGGGCGCGCCCGCGCCCGGAGCAAGCGGCCCUCGGCGCCCCCGAGGCGGUCCCCGGCUGCGCCGGAGAACGAGGAGGAGGAGCGGCGGACCGGGCCGGGCUCCCCGCCUGCGGCGGCCCGGGAGCACGGGCUCCCCGGAGCGAGCUCGGGGAGUCCCAGCCCCGGAGGAGGGACCCGGAAGCAGAAGCGGAGCCGCGAGUCGAGCCGAGCCGCUGCCCCCGCUGCCCGCCGGCGCCGGGUGGGGGUCCCGGCGGCUGGAUGGGCAGCGGCGGCGCGGGCCGCGGGUGGCGAUGGGCGAGGAGCAGAGCACGGUGAGCGGCGGCGGGCCCCAGGAGGCGCGGGCCCCCGCUGGCGGCGCCACGGGCCACCCCGAGCCCCCGAGGCCGCGGGGGGACAGCGCCGGGGAGCCCGGGCCGCGCGCCGCCUCCGCGGAGCCGAGCGGCGGUGGCUGCGGAAGCGACUCGGGCUGCGCGGACACGAGUGCCCCGGAGCCCGAGAGGAGCCGGUGGGGCCCGGACGGGAGGAGGAGCCGAGCGCCCGGGCAGCCCGCGGGACUGGCACUUACCGGGCCCCUCAACCCCCAGACUUUGCAACAGCAGCUGGAAGAGGAGGAGGAAGCUGGGGACCGAAACGAGGGAGGGGAUGAACAGCAGGACGCGCCCCCAGGCGAGGAGCCGGAGCCCAGGACCCGCGUCGGGGCCGCGGACGAACUGGUCCUGGACGUGCUGGGGCAGCGGCGCCCAAUCCCCGCCAAGAGACAAGUUUUUUGCUCGGUGUUCUGCGUGGAGAAUGACCUGCCCGAAGCCCCCACCGCAGAGCAGCUCUCGCCGCCCGCGUCUUCACCUCGGGCUCCACCGGUGACGAACGCUCCCAGCACCCCCUCCUCCUUCCCCAGCCCCCGGCUGUCCCUCCCAACAGACCCACUGUCCCCCGACGGCGGCAGCAUCGAGCUGGAGUUCUACCUGGCGCCCGAGCCGUUCUCCGUGCCCAGCCUGUUGGGAGCUCCACCCUACUCUGACCUGGGUGGGGUAGGGGAUCCCUACGUGCCCCUCAUGGUGCUGAUGUGCCGGGUGUGCCUGGAAGACAAGCCCAUCAAGCCUUUGCCCUGCUGCAAGAAGGCCGUGUGCGAGGAGUGCCUCAAAGUCUACCUGAGCUCCCAGGUACAACUUGGCCAAGUAGAAAUCAAAUGCCCUAUCACAGAAUGUUUUGAAUUCCUGGAAGAAAGAACGAUUGUCUUUAACUUAACCCAUGAAGAUUCCAUCAAAUAUAAGUACUUCUUGGAACUUGGCCGUAUUGAUUCCAGCACCAAGCCAUGUCCUCAGUGCAAGCACUUUACAACCUUCAAGAAAAAAGGACAUAUCCCCACCCCUUCCAGAUCAGAAAGCAAAUACAAAAUCCAGUGCCCCACUUGCCAAUUCAUCUGGUGUUUUAAGUGCCACUCUCCUUGGCAUGAAGGUGUUAACUGCAAGGAGUACAAAAAAGGGGACAAAUUGUUGCGUCACUGGGCCAGUGAAAUUGAGCAUGGACAGAGAAAUGCCCAGAAGUGUCCAAAGUGCAAGAUCCACAUCCAGAGAACUGAAGGAUGUGACCAUAUGACCUGCUCACAAUGUAACACUAAUUUUUGUUAUCGAUGUGGGGAAAGAUACCGCCAACUCCGUUUCUUUGGAGACCACACAUCAAACCUCAGUAUAUUUGGCUGCAAAUAUCGCUACCUCCCAGAGAGACCUCAUCUAAGGAGAUUAGUGCGAGGGUCGGUCUGUGCUGGAAAAUUAUUCGUUGCACCUCUAAUCCUGGUCUUGGGAUUAGCACUAGGGGCCAUAGCAGUUGUAAUCGGUUUAUUUGUAUUUCCUAUCUAUUGCCUUUGUAAAAAACAGAGAAAGCGAUCACGGACAGGAAUGCACUGGUAAAAUGCGGAUGAUUUCGUGGAACAAAGCCGGUUCGAGUAGGCACCACACAGAAUGGCACGCUAAACGCUGCGUCCCGUCCCGUCCCCCUGUGGUUGUCUGCAGGCCGCAACGCGUCUGGCUCUGGUGCAGUCUCUACAUGGUAUCCUGAUUCCUUUCCUUAUACAGUUUGCUGCUUUUAAAAAAAUGGUCACUUUCAUAGACUAUCAAUGUCUGUAUCAUAACUCUGACCUUCUUACUGGUUCUUGGAAGAAAAUAUUUUCAUUAAGAACCAGUUAUCCUCAGAAUUGUCUGAGCAUGCCUCUCCUGAGCAUUGUUUGGAUGGUCUUUGUACCUAAACCUCCUUCCAGACCCUCUUCUGAGACUUGGGGUGAAUAGCUGAAAUCAUGCCACCUGUACAAACAAGCAAGGCCACUUUCCAGAAGACAAAAGCUCACGAUAUGCACCUGUUUUUAUCUGUGGCCUGUGCAGUAUAAUUCCUUCAUCCUUCAGAUGCUAUAAUUGUUAAAAAUCUCAAUGCCCAAAAGGGAACUAGUGAAACAAAAUUAAUGAGAAGAAUCAUGAGUUACUGAAGUGUUUCUGUGCAGGGGUGUGAGGGUGUGUGUAUAUAAGUAUCUGUAUUAAAAGUAGGUCCAAUAACCUUGUACUUGUCAAGUUCUAUGCCUCUACACUAUUUUCCAUAUUUUCAUAGACAUAUUUAAAGAUGAUCGUUCCUUUCUGGGCAUAUUUUGGUAAUGGACUGAAUUAAAGUCAAUGUAGACAACAGGCUAUUUUGAUGUUGACCCUUUCUAUUCCUUGCUCUCUCUCUCUGUCUCACACACAUGCACUCACACAAGAAAUUGGUGCAAUGUCACGUUGAGGAUCAUCAAACUUUAUUAACUGACGAAACUGAUAGGCUGCUUUUAGGAAGUUCUCAAGAC